ACCACCCCGCUUGAUGCGCCGUCCGUCCGCUGCCUGCCGCAGAGCAGUGCAGUCGCUCCAAUUGCCCACUGCCCAUCACAUAUGGAUCUCUGACGACCUUCUCGCCCGGGCCCUCAAUCCAUUUUUCCCCAGCUCGUGUCCACACCAGAGACGCCAUGGCAGCAAUGUCCCGGGACCAUUGGAGGCUAGAAGGAGGGCAGCGAAGCGUCGGAUGACUGUCUCUGCGGGAUUCCAUCCUCAAUACACCUUCCAAUCGCUCUUCAACCUGGGCGCUCUGUUUGCCUUCCGCAGAGAGUCGGAGCCCACUUGGAGAUAUGAAGCGCCGUCCUUGCAACACAGGACCGAGCCAUUGGACCUUUUGAAUCAACAGCUGCCAAGCUCCCAAGUACCUCAAUUCGAUCGUAUUUCACAUUCACACGCAGUCUCGGCUCCCCAACCCAACCCACUCGCCUUUCCAAACCCCGACGAGUCCGAAUGCGUUUCUACUGGGACUUCAAAUGGAGACCUCGAACAGAUCAGCGCGCAUGCCUUGACUCGCUUUGACGACUUCAAAUCCCAGGUCAUAUACGCAGGGGACCUAUCCUUUGCUGAGCGCAACAGACUCCUUGCCAAUGCCUGGAAGUCUUGUUGUCCAGCCCACUCCGAUGCAUGGAUAUACAAUAUUAUGGUAGUGGAGCACGUGGAGAAACUUGGCUGGGAUCCUUCGCGCAUUCUCUUAGAGCACGAGUCGUUCGCGCUGCCUCCCAUGUACACAUCGCAAAGCCAAAACUUUCUCGACUGUUUAAGGAAAUCUUCAGCACAUUUUCCGUACGCUGCCAAAGUCUACCACGACGUAUCCAUGAGAGUGGUUGAGUUAGCGGGGUCUGCCACAGUCUCAAAGAACUCUUCACAGGACACCGAGCUUCUCUCCAUCAUUCGGCUCGCACUUCAAGGCGCUUUUCCAACUGACAACAAGAUCGAGCCCUCCAUAGCACAAGCUUUGGCUUUGGUCGCGAACAAGAUUCAAAACAUUGACAUUCGAGAGGCGUUACUCUCAAUCCUCACAGGUACAAACAGUGUACAGCAAAGCACAAUCAUAUUACUUGCGCGUGCUGCCACCGACCACAAGCUUUGUGCCACCUUGGAAAAGACUCUUUCCUGUCUUCCGCGAAAGCAACUUCGAUCGCUUAUCCCGUCGGUUACUAUAUCUCUAGCCAUAGCUGUUGCGCGGGAAACUAGACUGCCGCAUAGGGUUCAUGGGCAUCCCCUCAGAGCAUGGUUCAAGGUGCUUGAGCGUCUUGAUAGACGCUCAGCCUCCCAUGCAUCUAGCGCAGAUUAUUUGGGCACUGCGUUUGCAGCGGUGAACAAGUAUGUCUUCAGGAAUAGCAACGCUAGCAGUAUGCGAGGUCUUGUGUUGCUUCACGCCUUAACAUUUCAAUUGACGCAGCAAACACUGUAUGCAUCUUACAGGGAGAGGGUAUUGCAGCUCAUCUAUGCUCCCGUACACACGCCUCAAGAACGUCCGGAAUUUGAAACACUCUUGGGGCUUGUCUUUGCUCGCAUGCAAAAAGAGGGUUUACCUUGUACGCCCUUGGUAGACCUGACUGUAUAUACCUUCACUCGCCAUGCCGACUUGAUGUCCGUAUACCGCAUCUUGUCCACACUGAAACAGCAAGGAUUCGUGCUGGAAAACGCAUCAAGUAUCCAAUCUAGAUUCAUAAAAAGAGCAGCCUCGCUCCCCCGCAAAACCGAGUCGAUGAACGAACAAGCCCGUCAACACUACGCCUUUGCUCUGCGCACCUGCCAAAGCAUAGCUGACCUCCUUAUCAAACUCGUCCCUCCUUCUUCUAAAUCCACCGCGAGUGCCUUGUCCCACACAAAGAAGCACCUCCUUCAUCUACAAGCCCGCCGCGAAUUCACAGCAAUCCUCGAGCGCGCCUCCGCAAACCACGCUCUACCCCAAAUCUACGCAACCACCACUGCCGAUAUGCCCACUUCGGACCGCACAGUUCUCAUCCACCAACUCGCUCAUUUCUACUCGCUCAGCACCACGCGCUCCCAUCGGGAAACGUGGCGCUCGAUAUACUACCUCUACAGCUACCUUCAGACGUACUCGCUACCGAUUGGUCCGUUGUUCACUAAAGCUGUGGUGCGCGCUGCGAUUAUCCGGCCCAUGAUGGAACAUCGAUUCAUCAGUGCGAGGAGACUGAUUUGGGUCUGUCAUCUUGUGGCGAGGGUGGAGGGCGAGGAUGUAGCGAAGCAGAUUGAAAGUAGUUACUGGCGCUGGAGAGGUGAGUUGAUUAGACAUGCUAAGCGGGCGCAUGAUGAUGCGGGGGGAGAUGUGAAGGCGAAGGCUAUGGUUGGGAAGAUGAAAGGGUUGGGGUUGGUUUGA